CGAGGCGAAUAAACAGACUUGCAGAGGAUUUUCUGUGCGAAACUUGAGACUUUAAAGUCGUUUUCUGGAAACAGCAACAGCGGAGAGGAGACUUUUCUUCAAGACAAACAUCGGAGGAUAUAUCUUUACACAACUUUAUAUAUAACUUUAUAUAACUUUAGUUUUAUUAUUGAAAGUAUCAUAAUUUCUGCGAAUACUUUUCAUUUUAUUGUUCUUUUCUUAUUUUAGGAGUUAAUUUAAUUUUUUUAUUUUUUUUAUUGUUUAUUUUUAGGAGAAUAUUUCUGAGAUUUGUGCUUUAUUGUAUUGUAUUUUGUGUUGUAAUUUGUAUUGUUUUAUUGCAGCUUGGAGGAGGUCGAUGGCUGAUAGAGGAGGCCGCCCCAGACCCCGGAGAGCUGCUUUCUCUCAGACGGCUGGUCAGGAGGUUUGGAGACCCGGUUCUGAUGACCGUGAUCAGGAUCCGCUGCCAGACCCGACACAGAUCCGGGAUCUUCCUGGAUAUUUAACAUCUCUCUCUUCUGAGUUUUCUGUGUCUGUGUCCCCAGGUCAGGUUCACUGGACGAGUGUGAAGCAGAACCCAGAUGACGGACGUCCGUCCACUUCAUCUACACACUCUCGCAGAGGCGGCUCCAGGUCCUGGGGAACUGCUUCCACAGAUUCUUCUCUGGGCAUCCCGUCGUCCUCAGCUUUGUCCCUCUCUGUGGUCCGUGUGUUGAGGAGGUGUAGAGAGUCGUUGAGUCUGAGCAGCCGAGGCUCCUACAGCGUCGAGUGGAGGCGGAGUGGCGAUGGAUCGGAGAGCCCAAACCAACAGGGUUUGUCCAGGUCCGUUAGCCUCGAAGCGUUUCUGUGUUCUCCGCUGCCGGGUCAAGUUUCUGUCGAGCCACCAGAGACUCCAGAGACUGGCCGAACUGCUCAGGGUGCCGUGGAGGCUUCUCCAGCGAACAAGAGCUCAACAGGAAAAGCUCCAGACCGCAGGAAGAGGAGAAGAGCUGGUGGUUUCAGGCUCUGGAAGGCGAUGAAGUGUGUUUUCUGCUGCUGUUCCUGCAGUGUUGGGAAUGUUGUGGAGCCUUUUGUUGAUCCUGAACCAUCAUCACCUGCUCCAGAUCACUCCGGCGUCGAGCCAAAUGACGAGUCCUUUGAGUCUCUCUAUAACGUGGAUAGGAUGAUUGGAUCCGGAGGAUUUGGCAGGGUGUUUCUGGGAACACGCAAGUUUGAUGGCAAAAAGGUUGCCAUCAAGCGGAUGAGCAAGAUCGACAACAACCGCUAUCUUGAUAUUCCCGGGCAUCCCGAACCUCUGGUGACAGAAGUGGCGCUGCUGAUGAUGAUGAGGCGAGAACCCGUAAGCCCCUUCGUCAUCCGACUCUACGAGUGGUUUGAACAUCCGAGAGAAUUCACUCUGGUUAUGGAGUAUCCUGAUCCCUGCGAGAGCUUGCUGGACUUCAUCAAUCGUCAUCACGGAGUGUCUGAACCAACAGCACGGGUCAUCAUGAGACAGGCUGUGCUGGCAGUGCAACACUGCAUCGAGCGCGGGGUUUUCCACAAUGACAUUCAUGCGCAGAACUUCCUGUUGAAGAAAACCCGGUACAGCUCAAGCUGA